UUCGGCUGUGUGGUGCUUGUCACAUGACCGCUAAAGAAGGAAGUGCUUUGAAACUCUAGCUAAUUUAAUGUUCAACACAUAGUAAUCUACUAUUUAUCACAGACAAUUCCAUCUGAUGACAGUUCUUCAUUUCUAGCCAAAUGAGCGUGCGAGCAUUAUGGAUUAUUUGUCACGAGAAAGGAGAAUCUGUCACAGUGCGUUUUUCAAGGCGGUAUCCAACAGUAGAACAGCGUGCCAAGUGUCUGGCCGGCUCCCGGCACGUGUCUGUCCCCGAGGACGCUACUGUGCUCCAGCUCCUGCUUACGGAGCUGGGGCUCGCUGAUCUCGACAAGCCUUUUGUGGCAGCGCGGGAUGACUGCCUCUAUCGCCAGCGCCAACCAGCCCUGGAGCUGCACGUCGAGGGCCCUGGAGGAGGGGUCCUCUGGCCAGUGCUGGCCAUCCCCCAGGGGCCUCUGAUCCUGGCCUGUCUGCCCCUGGUGGAUGCCCCCCCAGAGCCCCGUCCCCCUCUGUCCAGCCUGUUCUCAGUCUCCCAGGGCCUCGCACUGUUAACAGGCUUACAGACCUUCCUCUGCGGGUCUGGGGGUAAACCAGACAGCGAAGGGCUGGCGUCUCGCCUGGCCGCGAUGCCUUCCGUCCUGCUGCAGGUCUGCCCCCUGGGGACCCCCCUGGGGGGCCCUCAGACAGGGGGCCCACCCGCGGCAGCUGUUCCCACUCCUGCAGGGGCCCAGAAGCAGCCCGCCUGGAAGACGGGACUUCACCGCGGCAAGGCCGUGGUCAGCGUAGACCUGAAGGAGGUGGUGCGCUCCAUGCAGUAUGGAAACCAAAGCAGACAGGACCUCUGGGAUGUCUAUGGCACAGUCACUAGUAAGUGUGAAGUGGAGGGGGUUCUUCCCAACGUGACGGUCACUCUCACCCUGCCACCAAACGGCUCCCCUCUGCAGGAUAUCCUGGUUCACCCCUGUGUGACCUCGCUGGACGCCAGCAUCCUGACGGCGAGCAGUGUCGACGACUCCGACAGCUCCGCUUUCUCCGGACCCUACAAGUUCCCCUUCUCCCCUCCCAUAGAGCCCUUCAGGCUCUGCAGCUACACGUCGCAGGUCCCCGUUCCACCUAUCCUCGGCUCCUACCAGCUGAGGGAGAAGGAGAACCAGCUCCAACUGGCUGUGAGCCUGAAGCUGCAUGAGAGCGUGAGGAACAGCUUUGAGUACUGUGAGGCACACCUUCCCUUCUUCAACAGGGAUCAGAUGGGCAGUGUGGAUGUGAAGGUGAGCUCUGGGCUGCUGGAGGUGUCCAAAGAGAAGAGCCUGCUGGUCUGGGUCAUCGGACAAAAGUUCCCCAAGUCCCGUGAGGUGACUCUAGAAGGAAGUGUGAGUUUCACAGGGCAGCCACCUGGACCAGCUGACCCGCUGUGCACAGGACUCACUGCGUACAUAAAACUGUAUUUCCGGGUUCCAGACCUGACCCUGUCUGGAUGCUGUGUGGAUCAGAACUCUGUCCAAGUCUACUCGUCAGCCAAACCCCGGAUCGUCACGUCUCGCGAGCUGUUGUCUUCAGAGUACUACAUCUGGAACUCGACUGGUUCUGCCCCAGUGUCCUCGGGUCACAUGAUGCUGUAGGACGGACCAGGAACAGAGAGCUUGGUGGACAUUAUGGUGUCCCCUACUGGGACAAAAACACAGACUAUGAAAUCACGUGAGAAAAUGUGCUUUUUAAAAAGAGAUCAUGUUAAACUGUGUCAGAGAACGAUUAGGAGGAGAAACACUGAAGGGAUUUGAUCGUCAGGUAAGCAUAAACAUGCCCCUAUUUGUAGUAAACACCACCUCAUUCGGUCCAUAUUUUUGUAUAAAAUAAAGUUUCUCAUUGCUGCUGCA